GAUGAUGAUGUUGUUGGUGGUAGUGCUACUGCUGAUGAUGAUGUUGUUGGUGGUAGUGCUACUGCUGAUGAUGAUGUUGGUGGAAGUGCUACAGCUGGGCACGUGGCGGGCGAGGCGCGGGAGUCGCGCGCCGACGGAGUCGCCCGCCCAGGCGGUGACGUCACGGCCCAGGGCGGCGUGCCGAGAGUCGAUCGCGCGGAGUCUGGGCCCGGCUCACCUCCUCGCCUCUCACCUCUCACCUCGUCCCCCGGCUCUUCCCACCUCGCGUCUCGUCCCUCGUCUCCCACCUUGUAUCUCCCCUCCAUUACACCCCCCCUCCCCACCUGGCGCCCACUGUUCCCCUACCCUAAACUCCCCCUCGCCUCCCACCCCGUGACUGCCGACCUCUUCUCCCAUCUCCCACGUGAUCUGCCGUUUCUCCUCGACUCCCUCAUCUCAGAUCCCCUUCCACGCGGCCACCACCCAUUUCAUCUCCUCGUCUUAACUCCUCGUCUCCCACCGUCACCCCCUGCCCACCUUCCCCUCUCGGGGUCCCCGGGGCACAGGUCCGGGGGGGUUGACCACUCCGAGGGGACCCAGGGGACCCCCCCCCCCCCCCCGGGGGCCGUGACUGCACUGUGAACUCCUGUGAAGGACGAGGGAUAAGAGGUGGCGGUGGUGAAGGCGGAAGAGGUGACUCUCUGCUGAAGAGGAGGUGGAAGAGGUGACCCGCGAGGACCCUUGAGGAAGGUGGAGAAGGAGGUGUAGGAGCGAUGAGGCUGCGCAAGUUGGUGGUCGUGUGCUUCGGCGCCACGUUCUGCGUGGCCGUCUUCUCGCUCUACCUCAUGCUCGACCGGGUACACUUCGACCGCACCAAGAGCGGGGACCCCGCCAAGGGCCCCUUGCUGGAGCUCCAUCAGCGUCUGAAGCAGCUGGAGCAGCUGCUAGAAGACAACCACCAGAUGAUCGGCCACCUGCGUGACUCGGUGCAGGCGCUGGGCGGCUCGGGGCCCGGGCGGCUUAGCGGCGACGUCGAUCUGGGAGGAGGCGGCGGCGGUGGCUCGAACCAGGGAACCGACAGUGGUGGCCUCUACCCGUGGCGGCUCACCAACGGCACGUGGGUGCUGCCCCAAAUGGUGGCCUGGGCGGCGCAGGGUCCUGCAGGGCCGGCGGGUCCGGCAGAGGAGUGCCGGGAGCCGAGGGGGGACUCACCGGCAAAGGCCGACGUGAAGAUGAUGGACGUGUACGAGUUGCUGCCAUUUGACAACCCUGACGGCGGUGCCUGGAAGCAGGGGUUUGACAUCACUUAUGAAGAUGCGGCGUGGGAGUCCACUCCGCUGCAGAUCUACGUGGUGCCGCACUCGCACAACGACCCAGGCUGGAUCAAGACGUUUGAGGGGUAUUUUGUGGAGCAGACGAAGCGGAUCCUGGACAAUGCAAUGGUGAAGUUGGCGGAGGACUCGCGCCGCCGCUUCAUCUGGGCUGAGGUCUCCUAUCUCGCCAAGUGGUGGGAGGGCGCAGAUGCCGCACAACGCGCUACCGCCAAGCGGCUGAUCGACGGCGGGCAGCUGGAGAUCGUGACCGGUGGCUGGGUCAUGCCCGAUGAGGCCAACGUCCACGUGUGGGCCAUGCUGGACCAGAUGCUGGAGGGCCACCAGUGGCUGGAGAGGCACUUGGGCGUGCGCCCACGCUCGGGCUGGGCCAUCGACCCGUUCGGGCACAGCCCUACCAACGCGUACCUUCUCCGCGCUGCCGGCAUCCAGAACAUGCUCAUCCAGAGGACUCACUACUCCGUCAAGAAGCACCUGGCUCACGAGCGUAGCCUCGAGUUCCACUGGCGCCAGAGCUGGGACUCGGGGGCCGACACAGACAUUCUGUGUCACAUGAUGCCAUUCUACAGCUACGACGUCCCGCACACAUGCGGGCCUGACCCCCGCGUCUGCUGCCAGUUUGACUUCAAGCGCCUCCCGGGCGGCCGCGUCAACUGCCCCUGGCGCGUCCCACCCCGCGCCAUCACUGAUGACAACGUGGAGGAGAGGGCCCGGUUGCUGCUCGAUCAGUACCGCAAGAAGUCGCGCCUUUUCCGCUCGCCCGUGCUGCUCGUUCCCCUGGGCGAUGACUUCCGCUACGACACGGCACAGGAGUGGGACCAGCAGUUCCACAACUACCAGCGCCUCUUCGACUACAUCAACGCUCACCCCGAGCUACACGCGCGAGCUCAGUUUGGGACGCUCUCCGAGUAUUUUGAUGCAAUGCGGGCUGCGCUGCUGGGCCCUCCGGCCGCCCCGGCGCUGCCAGUGCUGAGUGGCGACUUCUUCUCGUACGCCGACCGCGACGACCACUACUGGACCGGCUUCUACACUACGCGGCCGUUCUACAAGCACCUGGACCGGCUCGUGGAGGCCCGGCUCCGGGCGGCGGAGAUCGCCUACUCACUGGCGCUGUCGUACGCGCGCGGGGGCCCCGAGGGGGGCCCCGCGGUGGCGCCCCCCCCAUGGGCCCACGACGGAAUGCGGCGUCUGGUCGGGGCUCGACGGAACCUGGGCCUCUUUCAGCACCACGACGCGAUCACCGGCACCUCCAAGGACCCCGUCGUCCUCGACUAUGGAAAUCGGCUGCACCAGGCCCUGAACGACCUCAACGGUGUCAUCUCGGAUGCCGCCGUGUUCCUGCUCGCAGAGGGGGCCGAAGGGGCCAGCGGAGCCUCCGUUCCUCUUGUUCUGGAUGAAUUCAGGCCUAAUCAGGAUUCCCUGCCGGGCAAGGUGCUCAUAGCCCUCUCCUCCACACCCAGGCCGGUGGUGGUGUACAACACGCUGGCACAGGAGCGUGUGUGUGUGGUGUGCGUCCACGUGAGCACCCAGCGCGCACGCGUGCGUCACCUGGACGGCCGCGCCGUGCUCGCGCAGAUCGGCCCGGUGUGGACGGCGGCCGCUGACAUGGUGCCCGACACGUACCAGCUCUCGUUCCUCGCCCGGCUGCCGCCCCUGGCCCUGGUGACUUUUGAACUGUGGGAGGCGUCGGACCCACGCGUGACGGUGCUGGCCAACACCACGCUGUUCGGGGUGGCCCCCGGGCAUGGCCCACAGAGGGGUGGCCUGCUCGGCGUGGACGUGAGGGCGGCCCCACCGCCCAGCGGCCUCAGCAUCCACAACACGCACGCCACGCUUCGCUUCGGCGGCCCCAAGGGCUUCCUGCAGGGUGUGCGGCUGUGUGGGGCCACGCAAGAGCAGGCAGUGCAGGUGGACCUAGCCUGGUACGGCACGCGCGGAGCGCGCGAUAAGAGCGGCGCGUACCUCUUCCUGCCCGACGGGGACGCCAAGCCGUAUGAGACCGAGGUGGAGCCCGUGGUGCGGCUCGCCGAGGGGCCGCUCUUCUCCGAGGUGACGUCGUACCUCCCGCACGUCACGCACACCGUGCGGCUCUACAACCUCCCCGGGGUGGAGGGGCUCUCGCUGGAGGUCACCAACGUGGUGGACAUUCACUCCGAGAUCAACCACGAGCUGGUCAUGGUGCUCACAACCGACCUGCAGAACCAGGACAUCUUCUACACGGACCUCAACGGGUUUCAGAUGCAGCGGCGCCGCUUCUGGCAAAAGCUGCCGCUGCAGGCGAACGUGUAUCAGAUGACGAGUGCCGCCGUGCUGCAGGACCCCGAGCGGCGCCUCUCGCUCCUGUCAGCACAGGCCCUUGGCGUGGCCGGCAUGCGACCAGGGGAGCUGCAGGUGUUCCUGGAUCGCCGCCUUAUGCAAGACGACAACCGGGGCCUGGGCCAGGGCAUCAAGGACAACAAGCCGACACUCUCACGCUUCCGCCUGCUGCCCGAGCGGCGCUCGCGGCAUGACUCGGGCGGUUCCCUAUCCCUGCUGGGUCACGUGACAUCGGACGUCCUCAACCACCCUGCACUACUGCUGCUGGGAGAGCCGACGCCGCAGGGUUCAGCCGCUCCGCUCGCCCAGCUGACGCCGCUCACCACCCCCCUGCCCUGCGACCUCUACCUCCUCAACCUGCGCACCCUGCAGGCCACGGAGGGAGGGGGACCCUCUGAAGACAUGGCCCUGAUUCUGCAUCGCCGGGGUUACGACUGCUGGCUGGAGCCAACCCACUACCUGCUCAACUGCAACAGGACAGGGGGAAAGCUCAACCUCUCCUCAGUCUUCCGUGACCUGACCUUCAUCAAAGCGGUGCCCGCCUCCCUCACGCUGCUCUACCCCGCGCCGGUGCCGGGCGUCGGCGUCGAGGACCCGGCAGCGGCAGAGGAGCGCGGCGUCGAGCCCGUGCACGAGCUGGCGCUGCGGCCCAUGGAGCUGGCGACGGCGAGGGUGGCGCUCGCCAGGGCUCACCCCGCGGCACGGGGCCCGCGGGCCGGGGCAGUGCGGCCGGUGGAUCCCGGCACGCUGUGAGCGCCGGCGUGAUGCCUGCGGGUCGCUGUGGUGCGGUGUGAGGCCGGGAGGACAAAGGGACCGAGGGGCAGCGCAAACACGCGCGUUUUACAUUUUUCUAACUGGAUCGUCUGAGCGGGAGGUGUCAACACCCGCAUCGGAUCACACACGACUACCGGACCGCAUCGGAUCGGAUCACACACGACUACCGGACCGCAUCGGAUCGGAUUACACGCUCGACAAAAUCAUAUGGAAACAAAUUGCACCGGAGUGACCUGUUGGAGCGCAUGCUUCUUCGUGGACUCUCGCAGCUCACCAGAACUCACCUAGGCUCACCUGGGCUCACCUCACUGUGACCCACGCUCAUCCUGGUGCUCGAUGGCCGUGGAAUUAUCCUCACUCCUGUGACCUAAUGGGAACAGGCUUGGACUCCGCACAUGUGUGCACGCAUGUGUGUGCGUGUGUGCAGCGAUAGUUUGUGUUUACCCGCCAGCACUCACAGAAGGCAGUGCAUUUAUACACCGCACACUCGCAUGCCUCGCAUACCACUCCAAUUAACACAGUCCAUAUAUGCACCCCACACUCAUGCACAUACAUGACACACAUACACCAGACACUAUAUACACACACACACAUCACACAUACAAAUACACCACACACUAUAUACACAAUAACACUGGAGUGACUAGACACACCACACACACAUCCGUGUGCACGCUCAGUUCCUCUCCACUACAUAGCUGCCAUGGACUCAUGGCUCCAGGUGGACGAAGCUUUCAGCUGAGCGCAGUCUCAGGGACUGGAGCCUCCUUCACUCUGCGGACUCCAGCGCCCUAAUAUCAGGGGACUGAGACUCCCUCUAGCAGAUGGGAAAAUUGUGGACUGGAUUCCCGAGUGUGAAUCGGACUGAAAUGGAGGAGUGAGGAGUGUGGAUGAGACUAGGUUGUGGAGUGGAGGAGUGUGGAUUGGACUGGACUCGAUGUGCACUGUGAGUGUGCCCUAAGAGAGGGGUCCUCACCUUCAAUACUGUGACACCGCACCAUCUAGCAAGUGCGGUGCAUCUGCUGAGUGCGGUGUUUCGAGCGAGUGCGGAGCCCCUGAGUGGUGCUCUCGAGCGAGUGCGGUGCUCUCUAGCGAGUGCAGUACCCCUGAUGAGUGCGGUGCUCCUGUUGAGUGCAGUGCGCUACGCUAAGGCAUUUCAGGUGCAACUCUGCUCAGGAAAUUGAAUCUUGUCUCCGGCUCUCGGCUGCGGGGAAGUUCUCGUGUUCCCAACUUCACUUGAUUAACUUUGACCUCGCGUGACCCCUCCAUCUUCCGGGGGGGCAGGGGGGGGUGACCGUUUGCCUCGAGCCGAGUGCUCCAGUGUAAUUUUGUAUUGAGAGAUGGAUACGGGUGGGUGUAGGUCGAUUUGCUUUAGGCACAAGGACUGCAGUGAGAAGCCCGAAGGAGGAGGUUGGUGAGGAGGUGGGGAGGGUAGCCUUGGCCCCCACACCUCAUCGUCAGACUACGUGGAGCUGACGAGGGAUUCCGUCCUGCGCUGUGUGAUUAAUUCUGAUCUUGGGGUUUUACCCUGUGGGUUGUGAUUUCGUGGGGGGGGGAAUGGAGGGGGGUGCAAUUGGUUUGUCUUGGGCAAUUCAUGACCGGUUGUCGCCGAUCUCCGUUCAGACAAUGCUGCUGCUGCUGCUGCCCGAGCAGUGGUGCACAAGCCUAGUCAACCCAACACGUUACCUGUCAAUAACAACACUGCGGGUGCAUGUGUGGCUUUCAUGGAACGCAUUCAGCAGGUAACGUUUUGAGCAAUGAAGGGCCAUUUCCCAAAACGUCGCCUAUUGUAUAUAUUUGACCUUUAAAGCCACCGUGUUAUUGACACACAACGCGUUGAGUUUUUCAUUCGAAUGCAGGCUGCAUUGGUAUGCGCACACAUGCUGCACGCGCCGGAUAGUUGGUAAGCUUGUUCUACGUGGCGUUAGAGUGCGGACUGGCAUCAGGAUGUGUUUAGCAAUCAUUAGGCGCGCGCAGUGUGUAACUGCUUCGGUUGUAUUAAGAUAAUAUCCCGUUGCGUGCACAUCUGUCAGUGUACACGCACACAGUGGGGAGUGGUGGCGCAGCGGUUAGCGAACUGCGCUACUAAAACUGGCCAGAUUAGCGAGUUCAAUUCCUGCUCACAGCCAACAUCAGUGGUGAGUGGUUUCUGAACUGGUCCUGGGCCUCCCCUAGUUCGACCCGGACUUAAAGAAGUACCCGACGUGGCGUGUAAACGUAAGCACUCGAGCUGUUCACUCCACGCCACUUGCUUCCAGUUUGUAGGCUACACCGUGGACCUUUGUCUUUAUGCACAUGUACCACGUGACGUGGGGUAAGCUCAAUUAAAGGUCCCGCUCUCCGUCACCAGGGGACGAGUUUAGCAAUAAUCAGGUGCGUGCAGCGUGUAACGUCAUUUGGAUGGGGAUUAGAAGACGCAGGGUGGGUGGUAAGGCCUGGAGUGUGGAACCUGUCCCCUCAUCACAGGGGCCGGCGUGCACUGGGUGUUUUUUGGGCGCGUAUGUGGAGAGCAGUGGCGCAGCGGUUAGCGCUGCACAGCGCUACGAACCCAGAGGCCCGAGUUCGACUCCUGCUCUCGGCCAACUGCGACGAAUAUCUGAACCGGUUCUGGGCCUUGCCUAGGAUUGACUCGGCCUUAAAUGAGUUCUGUACCUGGUUGGGAUGUGUAAACAUCAGCACAGGGGAGACAAAGGCGGUCGGACGUCGUUCAGGCCACACCACCCCCUCGUGUGCCGUUCCGGCCUUCAUAUGUGCUCGCUAACAGCACUUGCCUCAACAGCCUGUGUGGGCUAGACGGGAUACUUUUGUGUGGGAUUUUUUUGGAUGAAUUUAAAGGUAUUUAAUAAAUGAACGUCAAUCACGUAACAUUCAUGGUGCACUGUCGGUACAGCAUAAAACCUUAAACCCACCUCA